CUACCAGAUUCAGUCAUAUAAAAGUAGGACCCAACUUUGCGGGCACGAGACAGCCUGUUCCUGUUUCUGUUCCCUCCCAAAUUGACGACUUAACACCUCUCACGCACAUGCCAUUCGCCAUUCUCGCCGGAUCGGAUUUACGAAUUUCAAGAAAUCUCACUACUUCACUCUCCUCAACACCCGCAGAGUUGUGGUAAUAAAUUUGUCAAUUUCCGGAAAAUAGCUCACCCCUUCUGUUCUGUGGCUGCUUCUUGGAUUGGUGGCCGGACUAAAAUGUAUCACCAACUCUAGCUAAUCAAUGGCGGGUUCAUUAUUACUCAUGGAUAAGUUACGGUUGUGCAGUCAUCGACCGUCUGACUAUUGUGCCUUCAGUUCUUAUCCAAAAAGUUUACAGUCAUUCACCUGUGCUCAACCACACUUGGAAAGCAUCUUCACUAAUAAACUUCACCCGAAGAGAAUUAUCUUUUCUGGCCAGUCAAUCUGUUGUUAUAGGCUGAAACCACUUUAUGCUUGUAGCUCAGAAAAUGCUCACCCCAUCAAUCAGGAAUCUGUGCAAGUGAGAGGCAAGGGCCUUGAGCAAUGGGAUUCAUUGACAGCAAAAUUUGCGGGAGCUGCAAAUGUACCAUUUCUCUUAUUGCAGUUGCCUCAGAUCAUACUCAAUACUCGGAAUCUGCUGGGAGGGAAUAAAUCUGCGCUUCUGGCUGUCCCAUGGCUGGGUAUGCUUACUGGAUUGCUUGGGAAUCUUUCUUUGCUCUCAUACUUCAUUAAGCGGAGGGAAAAUGAAGCAGUGGUGGUCCAGACACUAGGAGUCAUAUCCAUGUAUGUGGUGAUUUCGCAGCUGGCUAUGGCUGAAGCUAUGCCACUCCCUCAGUUCAUCGCCACUUCAAUAGUGAUUGCAUCUGGCCUCAUUUUAAAUUGUAUGAAAUACUUCCAUUUACUCAAUCCUGAAAUCUGGCAUCUUUGGGAAGAAUUUAUUACCAUAGCUGGCUUCUCUGCACUUCCACAAGUCAUGUGGUCAACCUUCGUCCCUUACAUUCCAAAUACUGUCUUUCCUGGCUUGAUCGCCUUUGUCACUGCAGUGCUUGCUGUUCUUAUGGCUCGCAUGAGCAAGCUCUCGGAGAAAGGCAUCAAAAUUCUUGGAAUUUUGUCUGGGUGGACAGCAACUCUUCUUUUCAUGUGGAUGCCUGUUGCCCAAAUGUGGACAAAUCUUCUGAAUCCGGAAUACAUAAAAGGGUUGUCAGCUAUUACAAUGUUGCUGGCCAUGGUUGGCAAUGGACUUUUGAUCCCACGGGCACUAUUUAUUCGAGAUUUAAUGUGGUUCACUGGCUCAACUUGGGCAUGUGUUUUCUAUGGAUGGGGUAACCUUGUAUGCCUGUACUGCUUCAACAGUAUCAGCCGGGAGUUCUUCUUGGCUUCAACCCUCGCUUUUAUCGCUUGGAUAGGAAUGACCUUCUGGAGAGAUGCCCAAGUUCAUGACCAUGGUUCACCAUUAACUUCUUUGAAGGAGCUGCUUUUUGGACGAUGAUCAUCCUUUCCACGCGGCACACACGCAUCUCCCUCUGAGAUGUUCGACCACAACAUUUUAACAUGGCCGCAAGAAAGAUUUGAAGUACCUCUUAUCUUCAUGAAGAUGUCUGGUUAACAAUGCAAAGUAAGAAGUAUCAGUCAUCAAGAUGUUUCUAUGAUGGGGCAAAUUAGUGGUGUAUGACAUACUGGAUAGAAAGAACCGGCUAACUGCAGAAAAGUGAUUAUAUAGUUGUCCACAUUGAUCUGAUUAACUGUACACUCUAAUCAUAUAUACCAAGAGCCUGAAGGAGAUGAAAAAACUAAUUUGACUUAUCAUACAA